AAGUCUCUCAGUAUCAUGCACCAAAGUAAAAAACAAAGACUUGAGUUAAUAUGUCUAGUACUAAAGAAAUGUCAACUGUCAAAAACACAACUCCGUUUAACGGCGUUGCCCCAUCCUCCACCGUGCGAGUUACAAUCGUUCAAUCGUCCACCGUCUAUAACGAUACCCCCGCCACAUUAGACAAGGCGGAGAAGUAUAUUGUGGAGGCGGCGAGCAAGGGAGCGGAGUUGGUGCUGUUCCCGGAGGCGUUUAUCGGUGGCUAUCCUCGUGGUUUUAGGUUCGGUUUAGCUGUGGGAGUUCAUAAUGAAGAAGGGCGUGAUGAGUUUCGCAAGUACCAUGCUUCUGCUAUUCAUGUUCCUGGCCCUGAAGUAGCAAGAUUGGCUGAGGUUGCAAGGAAAAACCAUGUGUACUUGGUAAUGGGAGCAAUAGAGAAGGAUGGGUAUACACUCUAUUGCACAGCUCUUUUCUUUAGUCCACAAGGUCAGUUCUUGGGUAAGCAUCGGAAACUCAUGCCCACAACUUUGGAACGUUGCAUUUGGGGUCAAGGGGACGGAUCAACUAUCCCCGUUUACGACACUCCCAUUGGCAAACUCGGUGCUGCUAUUUGCUGGGAGAAUAGGAUGCCCCUCUAUAGAACUGCAUUGUACGCCAAAGGCAUUGAGAUUUAUUGUGCGCCUACUGCUGAUGGUUCGAAGGAAUGGCAAUCGUCGAUGCUUCACAUUGCGAUCGAAGGUGGAUGUUUCGUGUUGUCGGCUUGCCAAUUCUGUCAGCGUAAAGAUUUCCCUGAUCAUCCGGACUACUUGUUUACCGAUUGGGACGACAACAAAGAACAUGAUGCUAUUGUCUCCCAAGGUGGAAGUGUCAUUAUUUCACCUUUGGGACAGGUUCUCGCCGGACCAAACUUUGAAUCAGAGGGUCUCAUCACAGCUGAUCUUGAUCUUGGAGAUGUAGCAAGAGCCAAGUUAUACUUCGAUUCGGUUGGACAUUACUCGAGACCAGAUGUUUUACACUUGACCGUCAAUGAGCACCCGAGGAAACCGGUUACAUUCGUGACGAAGGUGGAGAAAGCUGAGGAUGACUCAAACAAAUACUCAGAGACUUAAAGUUCGUCUGCUGGAGUUAUGUCAAUCGUAUGGAGUAAGUCCAAAAAUGUUCUGUUGAGUUUUCAUAUUUAUGUUCAAGUUUAUUUAUCUUUCUCUUCAAUGGUAAGAUCUAUGGAGUCAAGUAAUAAUGGUAAGAUCUAUGUUGUUGAAUAAAACGAAUUGGUUCUGAUCUCCUCUUGUAUUUUAAAAUUGUGCCAUUGUGUUUUAUCUAAUUUGAGCGUUGAAUC